AUGCACUCAUUAGACCUAUAUCAGUCAUGGAAUACAACAGACCCUGCUUGGUCUGUCAUGGAGACAUCAGUAGAUCAAAUACCGCCUGUAUCCUUCUUUGCUGCAACGUAUUUGCCCAGCACACACAACUUUUUGAUUGAUGGAGGUGCAGCCAUCGUUCAACCCAACAUGAAGAAUCAAUCGACGCUGUACUAUGGCGCAUUGCAAAAUCAUUGGGAAAGUCCCACCAUCAAAGGAGAUAUGCCAGCACGAAGAAAACAACAUACCGCAGUGUCAGAUGAUCAAGGUCGUAUAUGGCUCUGGGGAGGUCAAAGUGAUAUGUCUACGUAUGGCGGUCCCAGCGUUUUCUACAAUACAUGGACUAUCGUCGAUACACAGACAUGGACAGUAUCACAUCCUCAAGUCGAGAACAAUCCCUCACCUCGUAUUGACCAUACUGCCACCAUAAUAUCCAACAAAUACAUACUAAUCAUUGGUGGGGUAGUAUACUCACAUGAUGUGACGGAUCCAACAGGCCAACUUGCCUUAAAUCCCGUCUCCAUGAGCUCCUUGUUACUAUUUGAUAUAGACAAUAAUCAGUGGAUCAAUAUUAAUGCCGGUGGAAACAUCCCUGCCCCUCGAAGAGGCCAUUCCGCUGUACUUAGCCUUGACGGUAAAAGCGUCAUUGUCUUUGGUGGAGGCAUGCCUGAAGACGAACACAUUCAGAUGAACGAUGUUUUUAUAUUAGAGCUAGCUACAAUGCGCUGGACAGCACCCUCCAUCAAGGGUGUACCACCAAAACCAAGGAGAUAUCAUAAAGGUAUAUCAAGUUCACUCAAGUUUUUGACCCAACAAAUCUCACAGAACAUACCCAAAGCCUAUCUUGUAGACGAUUUCAUGCUUGUGACAUUUGGGCUAAGUGGCGAUAAUACGGGUUUCAAUGAUGUCAAUAUUCUCAGUACCUCAAGUUGGUCAUGGAUUACGCAAUACACUGCCAAUGUGGCAUGGCUGUCAGGAAACACAUCAUCUACAGACGGCAAGGUUCGAAACAAUACAGGUAAUAUUACUGAUCUCGAUCCCAAUGCAAACAUUGAAGGAAAGGAACAUGAAAUCUCAACUGAAGCCCGUAUUAAAGCAGGAGUAAUCGCUGGUGUUGUCAGUGGAGGUGUUGUUAUAUUGGGCGGUGGCAUCUUUCUUGUACUGAGUGUCGUGAUACUUAAACGAAAGCAGAGCAAAUCAAAGAAAUCCAGUAACAGUAAUGCAAUUGAUCCAGCGAGCAUUGGCCAGGACAGCGAGUCAACCAUGACAGAUUUUGUCUAUGAGCCUGAUUCAACGAUUGUGCAAUUUCAAAAACCAGAUAACCGGUCCUCCAUCCGUUUUGCGUCUCAAAUUGAAGAUGGAGAGCACUACUAUAAACCGAAUGCCAAAACAGAUGAAUGA